AUGGCUUCGCCAAUGCCGAUGAAGCACAUCGAGAGAAAAGAUCUCUAUACCAAUCUCGAAGCGCGUAUCCAAUAUCUGCAUUCCUUUUUGACUUCUCAAGCAUACGACAUUACUGCAAGAGCCUUUACUGGCAAGAAUACAACGCAGGGCGGCGAAGUCGGAGAAAUGCUUCACGAAGAUAGUCCCCAAAUCAUGCAUCGAAAGAUGUUUUUGAGAGCACACCUUAACAAGCUGUGCUCGGACCCCAGCAAGGUGGAAUUCUGGGAGUACUUGGACGAAGUUGGAAUUGCCAGCAUGACGCACGUUGGACUCGGGAGAAGGCACCCCUUGCACAUCGAAUAUGUUCACCUCGGCGCAUGUCUAGGCUUUAUCCAGGACGUCUUGACGGAAGCAAUCUUAUCGCACCCGCGACUGCACAUGUACCGCAUGAUCGCGCUGGUCAAGGCUCUGAAUAAGGUCAUCUGGAUUCAAAACGACUUCAUGGCUAGGUGGCACGUAAGAGAGGCCGAUGGAUUCGGCUUGUUGGAGAGUGACGUGUCCAUUGAGAAGGAGGGGUAUCUUCAUGGGAGGCAGAUUUUGGAUGACAAGCUCAUGGCUGAUGCCAACACAAGGCUGCCAGCAACUCCCAACGUAGAACUACCCCAAAGUUGA